CACUCCUUGUCCCAUUCUGUAGAAACAAUUGAACAUUGCACGAUACUCUUCAAAAAAUCUGUCAUUAUGGCAACCGAUACUUCCACCUACAAGCUGAACCAUACCAUGCUUCGGGUCAAGGACCCCAAGGAAACAGUCAAAUUCUACGAAUUCCUGGGUCUGAAGCUCGUCAACAAGCUCGAGUUCCCCGACAAUAAAUUCGACCUCUACUUCCUGGCAUACGACUCUCCCAAGGCCGUCUCACAUGGAAAUCACUGGACCAAUCGGGAGGGCAUUAUUGAGCUCACGCACAACUAUGGCACCGAGACCGACCCCAGCUACAAGAUUGCCAAUGGCAACACUGAGCCGCACCGGGGCUUCGGCCAUGUCUGCAUUUCCGUCGACAACAUCCAGGCCGCAUGCAAGCGGCUCGAAGAUGCAGGCUACAAGUUCCAUAAGAAACUAACAGACGGCCGCAUGCGACACAUUGCCUUUGUCCUCGACCCUAACUCUUACUGGGUCGAAAUCAUCUCGCAGAACCCGAUUGAGAAGACCGAGGGUCUUACCACGACCGACCUCCAAACUUACCGCAUGAACCACACCAUGAUCCGCGUCAAGGACGCCGAAAAGUCUCUCAAAUUCUACCAGGACGUCUUGGGCAUGACUCUUCUCCGAGUCAACGAGAACAAGGACAAUGGCUUCAACCUCUACUUCCUCGGAUACCCGCACGGCCGGCCGGCCCCGGACGCCUCUGCGCCGGGCAUCAGCUCCGUUGCUGACCGCGAGGGCCUACUCGAGCUUACCUGGAACUAUGGCACCGAGAAGGACGAGAACUUUUCAUAUCAUAACGGCAAUGCCGAGCCUCAGGGCUUCGGCCACAUUUGCGUAUCGGUCGACGAUCUGAACGCGGCGUGCGCCCGGUUCGAAGACCUCAAAGUCAACUGGAAGAAGCGGCUCACAGACGGCCGCAUGAAGACUGUUGCAUUCAUUCUCGACCCGGACAACUACUGGGUCGAAGUCAUCCAGAAUGAGCAGAUCAAGUCGCAGCCCAACUGGUAAAGUUGAAACAAAAUUGGCAACGUGACGACCAAUUAUAAGACGAAACCGAAGGCGACAAAGAUGAUGAUGACGACGACGACGACGACGACGAAGAAUGUUGACGAAGCAGUGGAUUUUUUUAUGAAAGGAAGGGGUUGGCAGGGGGCAGGGCGGCGUUUAAAUAUACCAAAGUGCAGGUGCAGGUGUGGGUGUAGGUGUAGAUGCAGCGUUCAAGAAUGAAAGCAUUUAGGGUAGUUGUAGAUGGUUCGAGCAGAAUACGCAAAGUUAUGGUUAUGCUGCUAUGCAAUAUUCGGAAUCCGGGAAACCAAAAAGUCCUUUUGUCCACAACCAAAAAAAAAGGGAAAUCAAAUGUUAGUUGGUACGUACGCCACUAUUCAUUCAUUCAUUCGAUAUGC